AUGAACACUUCAAUGGUCAAAUCCAAGUUCUUACCGAACCCUGAAGAUAUCGGUGUUGUUGCUGUUGGCUUUUCAGGUGGUCAGUGCAAGCCUGGUGUCGAUGCUGCUCCCAAAGCUCUGAUCGAGUCUGGGCUUCUUACGUCACUACGAGAUGAGCUCAACUAUAAGCUUCACGGUGACGAUCAAGUACACUUGUACACCGACCUUGUACCAAAGGAAGACCCACCCUUCAGGAACAUGAAGAACCCCAAGGCAGUGAGCAGCGUUACUGAGAGAUUGGCCGAUCAGGUCUACUCGCAUGCCAAGGAAGGGAGAAUGGUUCUGACCCUGGGAGGAGACCACUCGAUCGCCAUUGGCACCAUUGCCGGUACAGCAAAGGCCAUUCGCGAGCGCCUCAACAGGGAGAUCGCCGUCAUCUGGGUCGACGCCCACGCCGACAUCAACACCCCCGAGUCCAGUGACUCGGGCAACGUGCAUGGUAUGCCUGUAGCAUUCGUGACUGGUCUCGCCAAGGAGGAGAAGCCCGAGUACUUUGGAUGGUUGAAGCAAGAGCACAUGCUCAACCUCAACAAGCUGGUGUACAUUGGUCUGAGAGACGUCGACUCUGGCGAGAAGAGAAUUCUGCGCGAGAACGGCAUCAAGGCUUUCAGCAUGUACGAUGUCGAUAAGUACGGCAUCGGUCGCGUCGUCGAGAUGGCGCUUGCGCACAUUGGCAACGACACUCCAAUCCACCUUUCAUUCGACGUCGAUGCGCUCGACCCCAUGUGGGCUCCCAGCACUGGCACACCUGUUCGUGGAGGUUUGACAUUGAGAGAGGGAGACUUUAUCUGCGAGAGCGUACACGAGACCGGCAGCUUGAUUGCUGUUGAUCUUGUCGAGGUUAACCCUAGUCUGGCAACAGAUCACAUUGGUGCUUCUGAGACUGUUCGCGCUGGAUGUUCGUUGGUGAGAUGCGCUCUCGGAGAAUCUUUGUUGUAG